AACUAUGCUAGAGUACUGUAGAUGCAGAGAGGUGUGUGUAGUGUAUCGUCAGCCGUAUGUGUCUGAGACAGCGGCGUGGGAUCUACAGGAUGAUUGACAGUUGCCUGUGCUGAGUCACGUAGCAGAAUGCCCGGUGUGCCCUGUGGGGCCUUGCAACACCACACUGUGCCCGUAGCCUGUGCCAUCAUCUGUUCCUGGCUGUUGAUCCUGGUCCAUCCUGCCUUUUGCCAGAAACCUGCAAAGCUGCCUCUGGUGGGCCGCAAGCCUUUCCUGGCAGCCUGGAAUGCUCCACUGGAUAUGUGUAUGUUGAAGUACAAUAUCGAUGUCAGCCUUGAUCUUUUCCAUAUCAGUGGCAGUCCACGAGCCGUCCACACGGGCCAAAAUGUCACCAUCUUCUAUGCCAACCGCCUGGGCUACUACCCUUUCUACAACGAGCAAGGGGUUCCCAUCAAUGGAGGCCUACCUCAGAACAGCAGCCUUGAAGCACAUCUUCACAAAGCCCGAAAAGACAUCGCACACUUCAUCCCUUCGGAAGACUUCCGUGGCUUGGCUGUGAUCGACUGGGAGUUCUGGCGGCCACAGUGGGAUCGUAACUGGAAUAAAAAGUACAUUUACCGACAGCGUUCAAGCGAGCUGAUUACACAGGCUUACCUUAAUGUGACCGACCAACAGGUGCAAGAGCUGGCACGCUUGCGCUUUGAGAAGAGCGCCAAGGAGUUCAUGCAGGGCACACUGAAGCUAGGCACACAAACUCGUCCGCAUGGACUCUGGGGUUUUUAUCUCUACCCUGACUGUCACAAUUACAAUGUACAUGAACAUGACUACAAUGGCACAUGCCCCCACCAAGAGAGCAAACGCAAUGACCAGCUGUUUUGGUUGUGGAACAGCAGCACUGCCCUCUUCCCAGCCCUCGCUAUACGCAAAGGCCAAAUGGACAGCAUUCACAACCUGCACUUCUCACAGAACAGGGUACUGGAGUCACUGCGACUGGCCUCCCUUACCUCACUGCCCUAUGAGCUGCCUACAUAUGUAUACACACGCUUGGGGUAUAGAGAUGAGGCCAUGGCGUUUCUGACCCAGAAAGACUUGAUACAUACAAUAGGAGAAAGCGCUGCUUUGGGUGCUGCAGGAUUUGUCAUUUGGGGGGACCUCAACCUCACUUCUUCAAGGCACAACUGUUCCAAAGUGAAGGCUUUUCUGAAUCAUAGACUGGGUCAGUACAUCACUAACGUUACCUGGGCAGCAGAAAUCUGUAGCGACUUACUGUGUCAGUCCAAUGGGCGAUGUGUCCGUAGAGACCCACAGGCACCACACUACCUGCACCUGAGCCGCGGCAGCUAUCGGAUCCUGUCCAAUCGAAACGGCACAUUCACCGUGACCAGACUGCAAUCUAAGAACGAGCGGCAGAUGCUGGCCGACAAGUUCCGCUGUCACUGUUACCAGGGGUAUGAAGGAGAGCGCUGUGAUAGCAUAGAGCCGGAGGAGACAGAGGAGGACAACAUGAUCAAAGAGGAUGUGGAGAAGGAAAAGAAGGAACCAGAGGUCGACAAUGACAUACAGGAUAGUGCUGUGCCUUUACAAAACGCCCUCGCCGUGACUGUUCUGCUCCUCUUGUUGAACUUCAGUUCUAUUUAGAGGUGAAGCGUGUAUUUUGUGGACCACUAACAUCAUAAGGGUGCUGUUUUAUAAAACAGGUUUACCAAAGAAGACAAGCUUAUUUCAGUUAGUCUGACUUAUUUUGAACCAAAUCAACUGACAUUUAGUCAGACUAACUGAAUUAAACCUGGCUUAUUUGGUAAACGUGUUAUAUGAAACAGGCCUCAGGGGGAACUGCAAAAACAACAAUUAAUGUUUCCAAACAUGUUUUCCAAACACUCCCCCAUUGGUUGAAUAAACCGCUAGCCCCGCCCAAACUCACGUCAUUCGUUAAGACACUGUUGGCGUAGACAGUUGGUCAGAUUCACAAACAGAUAAAUGUUUUUAAAAUGCUCCAGAGCCAAAGUUUACACUAGUUGUCAACCAAAAUAUUUUUUUUAGAUAGAUAGUAGCUUAGAGAGCAAGUUGGUCAAUGGCUGAUAAAUAUAUAUGAGAAUUUGAUUUAGAGAUACCAAAUAAGUCAUGCUGCAAUUAAUUUUAAUACAGCUGACAACUAAACUUGGCAACCUACAGAGCUUAUUUACAGUUGUAUUUUCUUCUAUCUGAGAUUAGAAAAAUGAUACACUUCACCUUUAAUGAAAAGCGGCUAAACAGCCACUUUAUGGCACAUCAUGACUCAGUCAGGUUUUAAUAUUUGUGACUUUGCAAUACUGAAAAAUGAUAGCUGUUACAAUGGUGCUGUAUGCUAAUGUAGAUGAGAUGCAAGCCUUGUUUGCACAAACUUCAGUCUAAAUAUUUUUUUUAAGAACUGUUCUGGAUGCGUGCUUGAUGAUUGUUAACUUGCCACUGUUUUCAGACAGGAAAGGUUAAAUCUAUGCAGUCUGUUUUUACAAAUAGCUAAACUUAAAAUAAUUCUAUAUCAAUUCAUCAUUAUUUUAAGUUAAUUGUGCUAGUGGGUCAAAAUAAUCCUUAGCCUAAUGGUUAAAAAAUCAUAAUAAAAUAAAAUGUGCUUCAAAUGAUAAUAUAGUAUACAAAAAACUUCAGAUGUUACUGUUCUCAUUUUAUUGAAUUGUAUAAAACAGUACAAAUGCCAACAUGUAAUUAUACCAUUACAUGAAACAAUCAAUCUUUAUAUCUUUCGUCAUAUUUUAAGCUUUUAUUGAUAUCGCACACUAGAAUAAAUCAUUGUACUCAUCAUAUUAAUGAUGAGAAAACUCAGUGGACACAAACAGAGUUGAAGCUAGUUGAAUUUCGUUAAAGUACAAAGUCUCAUUUUGUUGUUUUGUCCCCCAAAUUCCUGAAAUGUGUGUUAAACCAAAGAUUAUGAAGAUGUAUGUUUACACAUGUAAGUCUGCAUUUGCUAAACCACAGAAUGCUGUGGUGUGUGAAAACUCAUUAUGAUUGUACGUUAAACUGUAUUUUUAUGCUCUUGUUUGAAUGAAGCCAGAAUGAUUGAUACUCAAUACAAAGAAAAGUAUUAUGCCUCAACACCUUUCAUUACUCUGAAUACUUUUAAUUAGCAAAAUCUAGGAACUGUAAUAGAGGUCGACAGAUUGUCUUACAUGUCCAGGUUCAGACUGAAGGAUAAUCAGACCAUGUUUUAUCAAUAUUUUCUGACCCGUUUUGACUGUACAGUUUUCUAAAAUGCUGCAUUUUUUGUUCCAUGUAGACUGUAGCUUGUAUGAGGCACUAUUAUCAGAGCCUUCAUUAUUGGUCAGUGUCUUUUGAUUUGAUUUUUUAUUUUUACCUCAGUGCUAAAGUUCUCUGAAAUAUAUUUCCACAUAGUUAUUUUUUAUUCAUCUCAAAAUCAAUCAUUUAUGCAAUAUGUAAUUCAUUACUUGAUUAUUUUUUUAUUUUAAAUAUACAUUGAGCAAUACCAUUAAUCAAAUACUCGAUGAAGACAAAUUUUGCUUGAGUCUUGAUGCACUGCAAAUAAAGGAUUGUAACCUGG